GGCCCGAAGAAGCGCGGCGCAGGCGCCUUCCCCGCGCCCAGCGCCAUUGCGGCUGCUGGCAGCGAGGCCCGGCCCGGCCCGGCCAUGGCCACCGACUCCUGGGCCCUGGCCGUGGAUGAACAGGAGGCGGCGGCGGAAUCGCUCAGCAGUCUGCACCUGAAGGAGGACAAAGCCAAGCCGGACUCCAACGGUGCUGUCGUCGUCAAGGCAGACGACAAUGUGGAGAAGACGGAGGAUGAGGAGAAAGAGGACAGAGCCACCCAGUCCCUGCUCAACAAGCUCAUCCGCAGCAACCUGGUGGACACCACCAACCAGGUAGAGGUGCUGCAGAGGGACCCCAACUCUCCCCUCUACUCCGUCAAGUCCUUCGAGGAACUGCGCCUGAAACCGCAGCUCCUGCAAGGAGUUUAUGCCAUGGGCUUCAACAGACCAUCAAAAAUCCAAGAGAACGCCCUGCCCAUGAUGCUUGCCGAACCCCCACAAAACAUGAUCGCGCAGUCUCAGUCUGGUACUGGCAAGACGGCUGCCUUCGUCCUCGCCAUGCUCAGCCGCAUCGAACCCGCGAACAAGUACCCACAGUGUUUGUGCCUUUCCCCAACAUACGAGCUGGCACUUCAAACGGGAAAAGUGAUCGAACAGAUGGGAAAGUUCUACCCAGAGCUGAAGCUUGCGUAUGCUGUGCGAGGCAACAAAUUGGAGAGAGGUCACAAGAUCUCUGAGCAGAUUGUAAUCGGCACGCCUGGCACUUUGCUGGACUGGUGCUCCAAGCUGAAAUUCAUAGACCCCAAGAAAAUCAAAGUGUUCGUCUUAGACGAGGCUGAUGUGAUGAUAGCAACCCAGGGCCAUCAGGAUCAGAGCAUUCGCAUUCAGAGGAUGCUCCCCAGGAACUGCCAGAUGCUUCUGUUCUCAGCCACUUUUGAGGAUUCUGUGUGGAAGUUUGCUCAAAAGAUGGUUCCUGACCCAAACAUUAUCAAACUGAAGCGAGAAGAGGAGACCCUGGACACUAUUAAGCAGUACUAUGUGCUGUGCAAUAACAGAGAUGAGAAGUUCCAGGCUCUCUGUAAUAUCUAUGGCGCUAUCACCAUUGCGCAGGCCAUGAUCUUCUGCCAUACUCGGAAGACGGCCAGCUGGCUGGCGGCAGAGCUCUCGAAGGAAGGCCACCAGGUGGCAUUGCUCAGUGGAGAAAUGAUGGUGGAGCAGCGAGCCGCCGUCAUAGAGCGCUUCCGAGAGGGCAAAGAGAAGGUGCUGGUGACCACGAACGUCUGUGCCAGAGGGAUCGAUGUAGAGCAGGUCUCUGUUGUUAUCAAUUUUGACCUUCCUGUGGAUAAAGAUGGAAAUCCUGACAACGAGACCUACCUGCACCGGAUCGGGCGCACGGGUCGCUUUGGCAAACGAGGACUUGCUAUCAACAUGGUGGAUAGCAAACACAGCAUGAAUAUUCUCAAAAGAAUCCAGGAACACUUCAACAAAAAGAUAAACAAAUUGGACACUGAUGACCUGGAUGAAAUCGAGAAGAUAACUAACUGAAGUACAGCUGUUGGAACUGUUGUGAACCCUGUUUUGGAACCUUUCCCACUACAAUUAUUAGUAAACAAAAAUUACCUCAUUUUAAAAAUUGCAGUUGGACUUCAAAGUGUGCAACUAUGGGGAGGAAAUGUUUACAGAAGCUUUUAACAUUUCUUAGUCUAGCCUUAAAAUGGAAAGAUCUUUUGAUUCUAAGAAAUAGACUUGCCAAAAAUAGGCAAUAUAUAAUUAUCAAAAACUAAUCUGAAAAAAAAAAAAAAGCUUUAUUGCUUUUAAUUGGCGUAAAGUUCAGCCAAAAUGUGAUCAGAUAAAAUUCAACAGCCAAAUAUGUAAUGGACGUGGGUUAAGAAAAGGAAAAAAACACAACAAAAAAGAAAAACCAAACCUAGGCAGCUGUUUUUUGGCUAGAAAAACUCAACCUGUACAAAAUAGGAUGUCAUUCUCUUUGGCAUUCCUCUGAGCUCUUAAGACUCAUUUCUGGCUUCCUGAUGGAUUUGCCCAGCUUUUUUUUUUUUUGUUAAGUAAAUUCUCCAAAGGAUGUCUCCAGUAGGUCAGGCUCUCUAACACAGGUGCCGUGUUGCUUUCGCUGGGCGGUAUUUUGUUUUACUUUGUCCUCGACUUGUUAGAAUGGCCACUGCACGUCAAGCGGUGCAGUGGUGGCAGUGCGGAAGUAAGUACUCUAGAAGUUCAUCUGAAGCGUUUAACCUUGCCAAACUAUAGGUGGGUAGAUGGGGAGGGAGGGACAGUGUGAAGGGAACUGUACUCAUUGAUAUUCUGGCAAAAAAAAAAAAAAAAAAAUCACCUCCGUAAAAUUAUAGCGCCCGUUGGAGUGGGGGUGAGUCACCUUCAGGCAGGUGGUGCCGGUUCUAAGAUGCUGCUGCGAAGCUCUGGGUGAAUCAUGUACGGAACUGCUGGACUUCACUGACCAGUAACAGAACUAUUUGUCUGGCUUAAAGAAAUCAAUAAAAAUAAAAUGGAAGCAGCCUGUAUUGACCAAAAAAACCGUACCUUUAGAACACCAAAUUUAUACGGACAGGAUGUUUCAGUAUCAGAGUUUUGAGUUAAAUUGCUCAGCCAAAUUUCAGAGGGGGAGCGCCGCCGCUUUCGUCGUGCUCGUGGUGCAGACGGGCAGGGCCUCAGUCUCUUGCCCUGAGGUGAUCCUCACCAGAGAAGGAAUUCCUUGCGACUUCCGCGGCUUUUAGUUCGGUUGGGACCAUUUUAGCGAGCACGGCUGAAAGCCCGCGGGUCGCUCCCCCAGCCUGGUUUCCAGGAGAAGGAGGCUCCUGACCUAGAACUUAGUGGUGCACCCCCCCCCCCCCCCCCCCCCCCCCGCAACGGGACAUGCGUGAGCAGCCAUGGGCCUGCUACUCCGUGCAGGAAUCACUUCAAAACAAAUGUACAAAUUGUAAAUUUAACUAGGAAUUUACUUUGCAAUUUUGGCCAUCAUAUUCUGUUCAAAGACAGGAACAUGGAUCCUUUUACCAAGUAAAAAAAGGCUCGUUGAAAAUGUACCUAAAAUUUUAGGAAAUCGUGCACCCUUUUAUCAAUUUGUAUAAAGGCUUUAGCGGGGAAAAAAACAAAAAAAAAACUGUUAAAAUUAAACUUUUUGUAUUCUGGGGUGUAUCUAUUUUUAUUCUGUUGGAAACCUAUUUAACGUGGCAGGUGAGUGAGUGCUUGCGUGUAGAGUGGAAGACAUGUUUCGAUCACCUACUUUAGUAGUACAGCUGAAUGACCUCGCGACAGCAGUGCAUCGGGUGGAAUUGUCACGGGAAGCUGCUGCUGCUCCUGUGUGCUGUUUCUAAUGUACUUUUAAUUGGAAUAAAGAACACAUACCGA